AUGCGCAUGCGCAGUGACAGUGUGGUCCGGGCUUUGAGCUUCCUGCUCCGGCAGCCUGUGACAGUGCGGCCGCGGUACAGACUUAGCAGCUCUCAUGCAGCGCAGUGGCCUUACUCUGGAAUGCCAAUCGACACGUUUUUCUGAGUUUUAUUAAAAAAACAAAUAAAAGAGCAGAUAAACGUCCGUGCACCGUGUCAGACCCCUCGCAGCUCUCCUCGGGACGGCGCAGAGGUCCGAGAUAUGAAGAACAAUCUGAACAUACGGGUAUGAGAAGAUAUCGAUCAUUUUGGUAUUUAAAGCUUCGGGCUCAUUGAGUCUCCGUGUUGGCUCAGGAUGGCGCAGGGAGGCUCGCAGCUCGACUACCACAUCCUGCAGGACCUCAAGCAGCGUUUCCCAGAGAUCCCAGAAGGGGUAGUGUCACAGUGCCUUCUGAAGAACAACAAUAACCUGGAUCUGUGCUGCCACCUGCUGGCUCAGGAGAGUAAUCGAUACCUGUAUGGAGAGUUUCAUCACAGUCCAGAUGAGGGACGGCUGAAUCGGAACCACAUGCUCCAGAUUAGUCUGGGCUACCCAGGCUCAGAAGCAAGCAAGUCAAAUGGAGGAGUUGCAGGAGUAGGUCGCUCGCUUGUGCACAGCACCAGUGAUAGUCACAUUGAACCCCAGCGGCCCAGCUACCCUGAGCCAUUGUCUGCUCCUGCCACCAUGGCCCCCUCCACUGGAUAUAAUCCUUUCUUUAUGAACGAUCAGAGCCGCUCUGCUAGCACUCCCACCCCUCCACCCACCAUGCAGGGCAUGUCUCCCACGUACUCCCCCGUUCCCCGCUACACUAUGAAUCCUAUAACUGUCACCCUUUCACAAAGUAUACCGAAUGUUCCACAGGCUCUGCAGAUCCCUCCCGGUCACUACCCUAACAACACGAACACGACCUUGUACAUUCGACCCUCGCCCUCCCAAAGUCCGCAGCCAGCCCCGUGGCCCUCCUCGGGGGCGCCUGUCUAUCAGCAUCAGCAGUCCCCCUACAGCACUCCCACAUAUGGCUCGCCGUAUAGCUCCCCCCAGCAUCAGGUCCAGCAGCAACCCCAGCCCCAACCUCAACCGCAGCCACCGUCCCAGCACCAGCAAUAUGUCUUCCUCCCUAUUAGCUCCCCAACUCUUCCGAGCAUGCCGUACCAUCACCAGCAACAACCUCAGCAACAACCUGCUGUGUACCGGCCCUAUCACACAAAAAGUUCCCUUAAGAACCAGAUAGAGAUCACCCUGGAGGGUCAACGGCCACGCAGUAACUCACCUGUGCACACCCCGCACCCCCAAGGAGCGCUUUACAUGGCCACCAGCCCUUCGCCCAGCUCCCCCUCGAGGGGGGUCACAAUGACUGGACCUCCCGGCCCGGCUGCAUUCCACCCCGGGAUGUACUUGCAGCACCAGGGCCCUGCGAGGCCUCGGCCCGCCUCCUCCCCUCAGCCGGGGCAGUCGGCCUAUACCUUCAAGCUCAAAAUGUCCCCAGGAGGCCAGGCUCAGAGGCCACCAAGCUCGCCUCCGGUGGCUGAAGCCGAGUCUCUUCUCAACAUCGUGGACCAGGGGGAACACAAUGCUGCGCCUCCACCCAUCCUGCCCAUCUCUGCUCUGCCAGGGAGUUUUGCCAAUCAGUUCCAGCAGAUGCCCCGACGUUCAAGCUCCGGCUCUGAUGACUAUGCCUACACUCAAGCUCUUCUGCUCCAUCAGCGUGCAAGGAUGGAGCGCCUAAAGAAGGAGCUUCUGCUGGAAAAGCAGAAGCUAGAACAACUGAAGGCUGACGUCAACAACAUGGAGUAUGAUGCUCUUCAGAGACGCUUUCGAAGAGUCAACGCCACCAGUCUUAUCCCAAGACCAGAAGAGAUGACACGACUGCGAAGUAUGAACAGGCAGCUUCAGAUUGAUAUUGACUGUACCCUGAAGGAAACUGAUGUACUGCAGUCAAGAGAAAAGUUUGACCCCAAAGCAAUGAACAACUUUUAUGACAAUAUUCAGCCUGGUCCAGUAGUGCCACCAAAAUCUGGGAAGAAAGAUGGAGAGCAGAGCUCGAAGCCGGUGCCCAGGCCUCAGAGGGACGAGGACUUUGAAGGGGCUCAAUGGAACUGUGAAAGCUGCACCUUCCUCAACCACCCUGCACUCAACCGCUGUGAACAGUGCGAGAUGCCACGCUACACCUGAGCUUAGCACUGUAUGACACACCCCACGCCUCCCAACCUUUUCACAUUUCUUGGAUGCUAUCGCCCCUCCGCUCCAGAAUCUGCCUAGAGGUCUUUCCCUGUCAGUCACUAUAUAAGCCCCUCCUACCUGCUGAGGAAGAGCCAGUAUCCUCCUGUGCCCACUAUUCCCGCGCCCAUCCAGAAGUCCUUUGCACUUUGACCUUUUGCUCCUUAGAAGGAUGAUGAAUCAUUUUCGGGACAGUUUGAGACUUCUCUCAUGGCAAACAUAUGAAGGAGGGAGUGAUGCAGCGCAGCUUCGGCUGUGGCAGGACCAGGUUUGGAGAGGUCAAAUUGAUUUGAGAAAGAGGAGCAGCUAUGGUUUACCUAGCGAACAUUCCACGCAGAAUGAAUGACUGCAGUGUUUACACAACUGUGCCCAUUCCUGAACUCAAAAUGGAGGCACCUCCACUUAAAUCCAGGACAUCUGACACUUUCUCAGACAGUGACUCGAUAAAAGCAAUGGUAUAAAAGUUCUGACUAAUGCGAAAUGUAGACUGUACACUGUAUCUGGCUCUGUUGUGGAGCUUGUUUCACUGAAAGAACACUAAAGACACUUGCAUAUAAGUAUAUUCCUGGUACUUUUAUGCAUAUUAAGCAACUCUGUAUUAUGUGUUCAAGAGAUGUUGAUUUCCUGUGCAAAUGCCUCAACUUGCUGUACUUAAUAAAGGAGCUGAUUCUAUGU